CUUGCUCCUCGAGGGUUCGGGACGGUUGGGAGGUGGACCGACUCCAGCGUGGGCGUGGGCUACGCGUGGGUUCCGGGAGGCCCUCCUGAGCGGCCUGCCCUCCCGGGGCCAUGGAGAAGUUCUUCUACAGAUGCAGAAAAGAAAGACCAAUCAGCCUCAAGGACCAGCCAUCUGUACACAACCUGAGCAAAACGCAGGAGACCAAGCUGACUGUGGGCAGCCUGGGACUAGGCCUGCUCAUCAUCCAGCACGGGCCCUACCUCCAGGUCACCCACCUCAUCAAGAAGGGGGCUGCCGCCAGGGAUGGAAAACUCCAGCCAGGUGACGUUCUGAUUAGCGUUGGCCAUGCCAACGUGUUAGGAUACACUCUUCGAGAAUUUUUAAAGCUGCUGCAACAUAUCACCAUAGGGACAGUGCUACAAAUCAAGGUUUACCGAGAUUUUAUUGACAUACCCCAAGAAUGGCAAGAAAUAUAUGAUUUAAUCCCUGAGACCAAAUUCCCAGAAACAUGUACAACAGAGAACACUGAGCAGACAAAAGACGACCGUUUCACAAGCACCGGUGACAAAGGUGUUUUAGAUAAAAAACAGAAGUCUCCCAAGUCUCCAUUGCCCACCGGGCCUCACCCUGCCAGGAGGCCAAUGUCCAUCUCCAGAGAAUGGCAUGGACACAGAAAGAACCACCGUGCUGUCAGCGUAGGAACAGACCCCCACUGUGACGUCACGGUUCGGCGAGAUCAAGAGAGAGAAGGGAGACCGCCAUCCCCGUACUGGACAAUGGCGAAGCAGGACAAAGACAGCUCGUCAUCGUCCUCCGCCUCCUCAGAUGCCUUCUGGCUGGAAGACUACGCCCAGGCUGAAAAGGGUCAGGGUCAGCCUGUCUCAGAGUCGGUUAGGCUGCAGCCGGCAAAUCCGUGAGCCCAGGAGCUUUUCUCUGGGAAACACCUGGUGUUCGCCACGUGCAGUUCUGCUAUACUCACAGGACAUGCGCAGACUGACCAGUUCUCUCUUGCCACGGUGUUGGAAAGCCUUUAGACGACCUUCAACGUGAUGUCCUUCCUGGCGUGUCACAGACCUCAAAAUAGCCACACCAUUCAGAUCAUGAAGCCCCUCUUUUAGAAAAUGCAGCAGAGCACCCCAAUAUCAGAAUGUGUGAACAUAGCAGAGGAUUUCACUUUUUAAGGCAAGUAGCACAGUGCUGUUUAGAUAGUUUCUCUUGUUUUGUAGACUUCAGUGCCCUACUUAAAAGAAAUAAUAGAGAGAUUUUUUUGGCUAGUUGUUCAUAUUAGAUUUUUUCCCUUUUCUGUCCUACUUUUAUGUGGAAUGCAGGGUUGAUAGUUAACUACUUGAAAGAGACAGGAUAGAAAGAGAGGAGGGAGAGGGAGGAGAUGAGAGAAAACAGAACCGUCACAGUGAAGAUAGAGCAGAUACAUAAAACGAAGCAGUGGGAAUACAGGAUAUGAAUGAUAGGGAACUUGUUUCUCAGAAACAACCUCUAUUGCAAAAAAGGCAAAAAGGGAACAAAACCCAGACCAUUUAAUUGUUAUUUACCCGAAAGGAGAUUUGUAACUGCUUUUAUCUUAAAAAGCCACCAACAAUAAUCUGGAAA